ACGUUUUUUUCUUUUCCCUUUUCUUUUUUUGUUGUUGAUACGGAGACACUUAAGUGAUUACUGCAACGGAGAACCGUAGAGGGGAAAAGGGCGUUUAUUGUUGUUGUUGUUGUCGACGACCACCGUCGACCGCUGUUUGAAGGAAGACUGACAGCUGGUUACAUCCAGUACAAGGCUCAGCUGUGGAUGCAUUUGACACAGACUAACCGGAGAAGGUCUGACAGCAGCAUGGGCCAGCAUCUAGGAAAGAGGGAGUCACCCACAGACAGCAAGGCUCCGUCACCUGAACCUGAAGAAGUGCAGACAACAGCAGCAGCAGAAGAAGAACCUGAAUCACGAGAUGAAGUCUUUGUCCUGGGUGAGGCAGAUGCGAAUGAGAACAAUGGCUGCAUCUUGGAGAAGCCGGCGGUGACUGACUCCACGGGCGCUGAGGGCCCCCACCAGCCCUGGCCCGAUGCCAGCACAGCUGACCCUGACGCCGCCACACCACGCCCCCACCUGGCCCGCCUCUUCUCCCGAGAUGCCCCGGGCCGAGAGGACAACACCUUCAAAGAGCGACCCUCUGAAUCGGACGAGUUGCAGACCAUCCAGGAACACAGCGGAGCGGCUUCAGAGUGCGGGUCGGAUAGUCCCGAACAGGACCUAGAAUAGGCUAGCUUUUUUUUUCCUGCCCUCCCUCUCUUUUCUCUUUACCCUCCUCUGUUUUUCGUUCUCUCAUUUAAGAGAGAGACAUUCAAAUUUUGCCAAAUACAAACGUACUACCAACUACUACAACCAUGGC